GCAGAUGUGAUAAUGUAUGCUGGUCUGCGCAUGGGGACUGGCUGGACUGCUGUGACGUCAGGAGUGAUGUAGUGAUGGACACGCUCGCUCAGGAGUCAGGACAGGUUGAAGUUACUGCACUGGACACAAUAACAAUGGCAGAAAUAUCCCUUUAUCUCUCCAGCGUCAGUAUAACUGUGACACAUGAUAUGGACAAUGAUGACAAGAGCUCUGGAAAAGAGAAAGAAUACGAGUGUGUGGAGCUUGGUGAUCUAGACAGAAAAGAGAAGACCCCGCGCCGCAUUAUUCAUUUCUCCAGUGGGGAAACCAUGGAAGAAUACAGCACAGAUGAAGAGGAGGAGGACAAAAGACAGAACGCAAAGAAAGAACUUCUGUCUUCCAUGGACACAUCCAAGCUGACUUGGGGUCCGUAUGUCUGGUUUCAAAUGUGGAGAGCAGCUACAUCCACUAUAUCCGCUUGUGACUACCUGGGUGAGCGAAUGGCAUCUCUUUUCGGCAUCACCUCAGCUAAAUACCAGUAUGCCAUAGAUGAAUACAGCAGGUCAAAGAGAGAGAAGGAGGAGAGAGCUGAAGAUACACAGCUGUCUGAAGAGGAAGAACACCUGUUUGAAGAGCAGCAAAACGAUGAAGAUGAGGACCCGAAGACCAACCAGCCCGAGAUCAACAGUACUCAAGUACAGGUGACCAAUGAGCUGGGCUGUCAGACCUCUUUAGUGCCCAACACUGUUCACAUCCCUGCGCUUGUCACUAGUACUCAACCAACACAAGUAUAGUCAUAUAAACAGUAGUCUCUAUUCUUUAAAGCACUUACCACAGGGACGUAAUCAUGCUCUGUAAUAGAUAUCCACGUUAACUUGUGACUUUAACUGCCUUAAUGCACUGAUCCUGGGCCAGUGAAACAAUAUGAUACUGAUCAUGGUGCUAAUGAGCAAAUUCUUCUGCCUCUGACCAAAAAUGAAUUUGUUCUGAAAUGCCACUCCGCUAACAUGAUUACACUGAACAUUUCUACAUAGGUGUUUUUUAAUGGACUCUGUACAGUGUGUAUGUUUUAUUAUUAUUAUUAGUGUUAAGAAGCAUAAUGAUGGACUUAUCCUCCAUCAAUCCAGAGACACAUACCUCACACUGAAUUUUCAGUACUUAUCUAAUAUACUGUUAAUGCUUGAUAUUUCUGAUGUCACUGUUUGUUUUUUAAAGAGAAAAUGUCAUUUGUUUUUUUACCGUUUUGUGUUUAACGUGAAUAAAAUACUACAGUAUUAUUUCA